AACGGUUACAAAGCAAAAAAUGAACUACAAAGCAAUUUUUCUUCUUCUCGGUCUCCUCUCUUUCCACGCAUCCGCGAUGGCGCCUGCGGGAAGAUGGAGUCCCAUCGGUAACGUUAAGGAUCAUCACGUCGUAGAGGUUGGUAAAUUCGCUGUUUCUGAGUACGACAUGCAAAGCAAGUCGGAACUUAAGUUUGUGGCGGUUGUUAGCGGUGAGUCUAAGGUAGUCGCAGGCAUUAAUUACCGGCUUAUUGUGGCGGUUAAUGAUGGCCCUGGUGGGAGCAAGAACUAUGAAGCGAUUGUGUGGGAGAAACAGUGGCUAAAAUCAAUGAAUCUCACUUCCUUUAAGCCUGUUGUUUGAUGGUUGCUUCCUCUGUUUUUUUUUUCAAUGUAAUCAAUGUCAUAAACACAGCAAAUAGUUGUGACAAAAAAAAAAAAAAACACAGCAAAUAGAAAAAGAUAACAUAAACAGAAAGGAAUUAAUGUCAGUUUAUGUUUUUUUUGUAACACAAUGUCAGUUUAUGUAUUGUCUGAUUUUCAAAUAUCAUGUUGUU